UCAACGCCUCUUGAAGCUCCUCUGGAGGCCCCACUGGAGGCGUGGGGGCGGGGGGGCUGCUGACCUGGCGAGAGAGGCCGCGCUGAGGGGGCCCAGCCCUGCCCCUCGAGAACAGGCCUAGAAGAGGCUGAUUUUGACGGGCAGAACUAAAGACAAGUCUCAACGGCGGCCCAAACCCCCGGUCCCGACAUUAAAGGUCUCAACUCCUAAAGUCUUAGCGGACCGAGGGUCGCGAGUUGACUCAAUCUCCACGCCUUUAUCAGGAGAGUCGUUUGCCAAAAUCAGAGACCAAGAAAGAGAAAGAUUGUGUGGAUCAAAGUCCACAAUUAACCAGAGAGGAAACACGAUUUUGUGACAAAUGGGAUGUGCGGUGUGAGAGAAAGAUCGGUGUCCAAGAGAACUCUGUUUUGGCCUGAGCAAACGGAGCGUCAACUAAGGUUCUGGCUCUACUUCUUCCACCACAAGCUUUAGCAUGGCAGUAUCUCCCAGUGCUUCCUCCAGUCGGAGGACAGAAAUGAGCAUCCUAGAAACCAACCAGUACUUGCGCUCCCAGCUGGAAGAAAGUAAACAGAACUUCCGAGAUCUCACAGAGAAAUUCCUUACAUCCAAAGCUACUGCUUACUCCCUGGCCAACCAGCUGCAGAAAUACAAGUGUGAAGAGUACAAAGACAUCAUUGAGUCUGUUCUGGAGGAGGACACGCAGUUUGAGGAGGGGAAGCUGGCAGAGAAGAUGAGACCAGCUGCAAGGCUUGGGAAAUAUGAUCCCCUAAUUCAGGCUCAAGCUCAAGAACUGACCCACUUACGACAGAAGAUACAGGAAGGAAAAAGUAUCUGUUAUCUUUUCACCCAGCAUGCAAAGAACACAGUCAAGUCUUUUGAGGGCCUCCUCAGAAGCACUGACAUUGCCUACUCCCAGCGACAGAGAUUAUGUGAGCAACUGGCCCAAGGAAGCCAGCUGGCAGAGAGCCUUGCCAGCAAACUCACCACUGAAAAUCAUACUGAUAAGAAGGAUGAAGAUGGACAGGAGCCCCUGGUACCCAGGCUCAGCAGGGGGCUCCAGGAGGAAGAACUGAAUCAAGUCCUGGACAACCCACUAGAUGAACGGUAUUUGACUCAUUCCAGUCGCCAUGACUCCCAGCAGCCUCCCAGCAGCAACGCCUUACUGUUUGAUGCACAAGAAGCCAGCUCUGCUGUGGAUGUAGUCAGUAACAACUAAUGCUGGAACUAUGAAAAGUUCUUGUCUAAUUUCAACAAAGCUUAGACAUGAACAUCUCCACAACUAAUAAGAAAAACUAAAACAACAAAACAAACGAAAGUCUAAAUCUGAAAGCAAGAGGGCUCUCGCUUUUCCAAAACUCUGAGAAUCGGCUUUCACAGAUACUCUCAAUUUUUACUCCCAACAGAUAGUUUGAUGGCAGAAAUCAUAGCCCGUCAGCCUGCGAAUGUGAUAAUUACCUAAGGGACACCAAUACUUAGAUUCUCAGAUCUUGAGAGGCCCUAACCCUUUUCCCUCCGCACCCCCAUCCUGUGGAUAACUGGAGUCAGCAGCAACUGGAAGAACAUGGCAAGGACUUGGGUCAAGAAUAAGUCAGAAUAAUGUCGCUGCAGACUAUUCAUCGGCUCUUCAGCACAUAUCCAUUUUCCUUGAAGAAAGAGGGUUUAGAAAUCUCUGAAAAUAAAGUUUACUUUA